UCCGGGGCCCGCCCCCUCCCCGGCUCAGGACCGGGUGCUGUGGGCGGGUCCACUCCGGGUUCGGUGCGGCUGCGCAGCUCCUCGGCGCUUUCUCGGUGGCUGCCCCGGGCCAAGCGAACAGGUGGGGCAGUGUUGGACGAGGAAGGAACGCCAAGCGGGCGGGCAGGCGGGGAAGGCGCGGGGAGGCGGCGGCCAGUCCAGGAGGGGCCUGUUCUGGGUGCCGCGAGAGCCACUGACGGGCUGCAGAGGCCGGGAGGAGGCGACUGCGGCGCGGCCCUAGGAGGCCGGGCUGAGGACCACAGCUGGCUUCCGGCCUCUCCCCGGAGCCUGGGGCCUUCGGCAGCACCCCCGUGGCCUCCCUCUCACGUCCUCAACCCUGGUGAGGCGGCACCCUCACGUGGCUCUUUGCCUCAGGUUGGCCCAGGCAGGUAGAACAGCCCUGCACCCCAUUUCCAGGGCCUUCAGCAGGUCUGGACCACGGGAACUGCCAGCUUUUCACCCCUUAGCCGGGAGUCCCUGGAUGCCCCCCGGGCUCUGGCUCCGGCCGUUCUGGGAUUUCAGGAGUCUCUGAGCAGUAGGGCACAUCGGCCUAUGCUGCAUAGUGAGCUGCUUCCCACGACCCAGGAGGCCACACCAACAGUCAGCUUCUGCCUCCUGGCCAUCCUUCCACACCCCUGGUUGAAUGGGGCUGUGUCUGAGUUCUCCCCACUGAAGGUAAGUUGGGGGAGACUUCAGGCCAGGGCAGUCUCCUGUCUUCUCUUGGAAACCACAGCAGCCCAUGCGCACAGAAUGUCAGCCACAGUCCAGCUUCCAGGGCACCAGUGGGCAUGGCCCGGGCAGCGGCGAUGUGUUGUUGCAGGAGAUGCCGCUGACGUUCCAGGAUGUGGCCGUGUACUUCUCUCAGGCGGAGGGGCAGCAGCUGGGCCCCCAGCAGCGGGCGCUCUACAGAGACGUGAUGCUGGAGAACUAUGGGAACGUGGCCUCUCUGGGAUUCCCUGUCCCUAAACCGGAGUUGAUCUCCCAGCUGGAGCAGGGGAAGGAACUUUGGGUCCUGAAUCUUCUGGGAGCUGAGGAACCAGAGAUCUUGAAAAGCUGCCAGAAAGAUUCCGAGUUUGGGACCAAGAAGGAACUAUCUAUUUUAAACCAAAAAUUUUCCGAAGAAGUAAAAACCCCAGAAUUUGUAUCAAGAAGUCUCUUAAGGGAUAAUGCACAGGCAGCUGAGUUUCGGGAAGCAUGGGGCCGUGAGGGUAAACUCGAAGAGCACCUGGGAAAUUCUGCCGGGCAGAGUUUGAACAAACCCAAUAUUCACAAGAGAGUUUUAACAGAAGCUACCAUGGGUAGGGAAAGAUCUUUGGGAAAAAGACCCCAAGAGGGUAGUGCAUUCGAUAGAAACUUGAAUCUGAACCAAAAUGUUGUUAGACUUCAAAGAAAUAAAACAGGAGAGAGGGUCUUUAAAUGUGAUAUAUGCAGCAAAACCUUCAAAUACAAUUCAGACCUAAGUAGACAUCAGAGAAGUCACACUGGGGAGAAGCCAUACCAAUGUGGCCGGUGUGGACGAGCCUUUACUCACAGCUCAAAUCUUGUUCUGCACCAUCACAUUCACACUGGAAAUAAACCAUUUAAAUGUGAUGAAUGUGGGAAAACUUUUGGACUCAAUUCUCACCUCCGUCUUCAUCGGAGAAUUCACACUGGAGAAAAACCCUUUGGCUGUGGUGAGUGUGGGAAGGCUUUCAGUCGAAGCUCAACUCUUAUUCAACAUCGGAUAAUUCACACAGGAGAGAAACCCUACAAGUGUAAUGAAUGUGGUAGAGGCUUUAGCCAGAGCCCCCAGUUAACUCAGCAUCAGAGAAUUCACACUGGAGAGAAGCCGCAUGAAUGCAGGCACUGUGGGAAGGCCUUCAGUCGAAGUUCCAGCCUUAUUCAGCAUGAGAGAAUUCACACUGGAGAGAAGCCCCAUAAAUGCAAUCAGUGUGGGAAGGCCUUCAGUCAGAGCUCAAGCCUUUUCCUCCAUCAUCGGGUUCAUACUGGAGAGAAACCCUAUGUAUGUAAUGAAUGCGGUAGAGCCUUUGGUUUUAACUCUCAUCUUACUGAACAUGUAAGGAUUCACACAGGAGAAAAACCCUAUGUUUGUAAUGAGUGCGGCAAAGCCUUUCGUCGGAGUUCCACUCUUGUUCAGCAUCGAAGAGUUCACACUGGGGAGAAGCCCUACCAAUGCGUUGAAUGUGGGAAAGCUUUCAGCCAGAGCUCCCAACUCACCCUACAUCAGCGAGUUCACACUGGAGAGAAGCCCUAUGAAUGUGGUGACUGUGGGAAGGCCUUCAGCCGGAGGUCAACCCUCAUUCAGCAUCAGAAAAUUCACAGUGGAGAGACUCGCAAGUGCAGAAAACGUGGUCCAGCCUUUGUUCAUGGCUCUAGCCUUACACCAGAUGGACAGAUUCCCACUGGAGAGAAGCACAGCAGAGCCUUUAGCCAUGGUGCAAAUCUCAUUCUGCGCUGGACAGUUCACACUGGUGAGAAAUCCUUUGGAUGUAAUGAAUAUGGAAAAGCUUUCAGUCCCACCUCACAACCCACGGAAGAUCAGAAAAUGCAUGCUGGGGAAAAGCCCUAUAAAUGUCAAGAAUGUGGAAAUGCCUUCAGUGGAAAUUCAGCCCUUAUUCGACAUCAGGUAACUCACACUGGUGGGAAACCCUGUCAUUGCAGUGUGUGUGGGAAAGCCUUCAGCCAGAGUUCACAGCUCACACCACCUCAGCAGACUCAUGUUGGAGAGAAACCUGCUUUAAAUGAUGGAUCUAAAAGAUACUUUAUUCAAAUCAAAAAGAUUUUCCAAGAAAGACAUUUUUAAAAUGAUAAAUGCAGAAGACAAUUUAGCAACUGUUCACUUUACAUUAGAAGAUAAGAUGGCAUAAUGAAAGAUAAAUAAGGUCUAAAUAUUCCUGGCAAAGUAAAAUAAAUAGUUCAGAUGACUACUAAAAGUCAUUUAAAGUCAUUAAAUCUGGGAGUAAACACAAGAGAAUUCAUUCUGGGAAAUCAGGCUGUCUGUGUAAAGGCUACUGCCGUGCUCAGGAGUUGAACCGUGUGGUGCUGUGUCCGGAUACUCAUGAUGAAUGGAUGGAGGGUGUGAAAAAUGAGCCCAGCUGGUGCUCUGGGUCUACCCUGCCUGACAUCCUUCCAGUCUUAUCCUUUGUUUCCUAUCCAGGCCCAGGCUUGUGGCUGAGAACAUCCACUUUCAGUCCCAUACAUCUGCCUCCAGGCAGAGAACUUGCGCCUGCUGGUGGGGCUUAGCCUUAUUCCUUCCACCACCUCUCCCACCAGCCCGCAGAGGAACUGCAGGUAGACGUUUCCUCCUUGCUUGGAGCCCCAGUUUUUGCAUUUCAUUUUCAUUAAAAUGGAAGUUAGUUUGGUUUUGGUUCUAAGGAACUCUACAGUUUAGCAGAGAGAGGGACCUCAGGGGCCAAGAAAGCAGGGGCCUACCAAGUAUCUCCACUUUUGAAAAUUAUAAUUACUGAUAAAAAAAAAUUUUUAAGGCAGGUUUAUUGAAGCAUAAUUUAUAAAUAAUAAAAUUUUUUUAGUGUAUAGUUCUGUGGGCUUUGACAAAAGCAAACAAUUGUGCCACCACCACAUUCCAGAUACUGAACAUCUUCACCACCACCCAGAAUUCCUUUGUGCACUCUUGUGGUCAACCCCUCCUCAACCCCAGUCUGUGGAAACCACUGGUUUGUUUUCUGUCCAUCGCCUCACCGUUUCCAGGAUUGCAGUGUGCAGCUGUUUGCGUGUGGCUUCACUGAACGUGAUGCAUUGGAGUCAUCCACAUUGCCUGUGUAGACUGCUUUUUUACACCAAGUAGCAUUCCAUUGUAUGGACGGAGCCAUUUGUUUAUCCGUUCCCGCAUGGAAGGGUAUUUGGGCAUUUUCACUAUGGGCAACUAUGAUUAAAGCUGCCAUAACUGUGUAUCAA